AUGGCGGCAACAUCACCACUGUACAAUCAGCUUAAGGCUGCUGAACCAUUCUUCUUGUUGGCUGGUCCAAAUGUGAUCGAAUCCGAGGAACAUAUUCUUCGAAUGGCAAAGCACAUAAAAGACAUUGCCACCAAAGUUGGGUUGCCUCUGGUUUUCAAGUCAAGUUUUGAUAAAGCGAACAGAACUUCUUCAAAGUCAUUUCGAGGUCCUGGCAUGGCUGAGGGUCUCAAGAUUCUUGAGAAGGUGAAAGUAGCAUAUGACCUACCAAUAGUAACUGAUGUUCAUGAAGCGAUCCAGACAGAUCUUCUGGUUGCGGCAGCCCAAACCGGGAAAAUUAUCAAUAUUAAGAAAGGACAAUUUUGUGCUCCUUCUGUCAUGGAAAACUCGGCCGAGAAGAUCAGACUGGCUGGGAAUCCAAAUGUGAUGGUUUGUGAAAGAGGAACCAUGUUUGGAUACAAUGAUUUGAUAGUAGAUCCACGAAACUUUGAAUGGAUGAGGGAAGCUAACUGUCCUGUCGUUGCUGAUAUAACACAUGCACUACAACAACCUGCAGGCAAAAAGUUGGAGGGUGGUGGUGUUGCUAGUGGGGGCCUUCGCGAGUUAAUACCCUGCAUUGCAAGAACAGCUGUAGCAGUUGGGGUUGAUGGAAUUUUCAUGGAGGUUCAUGAUGAUCCCCUAAGUGCUCCAGUUGAUGGUCCAACUCAGUGGCCUUUGCGUCAUCUAGAAGAACUCCUUGAAGAACUCAUUGCGAUCGCUAGGGUCACAAAAGGGAAGCAGCGAUUCCAAAUUGAUCUUACACCUUACCGCGAUUAG